CUGUGGAGGCGCGCGAGCCAGGAGGGCUGUGCUGCUGGUGCCCAACAUGCCGAAGUUUUAUUGUGAUUACUGUGAUACUUACCUCACCCACGACUCUACAAUAUAAAGAGAGGCUGAUAUGGAACUGGGUGAUGAAUCUGGAUAAUUUGAGACCAGCUCUCCCCAAUGCAGUGCUCUUGUUGGACUGCAACUUCCAUCUACUCAUAGCAUCUCAGCAGCCAUGCCAUCUGUGAGAAAAACCCAUUGCAGUGGUAGAAAACAUAAAGAAAAUGUGAAAGACUACUAUCAGAAAUGGAUGGAAGAACAAGCACAGAGCCUGAUUGAUAAAACAACUGCUGCAUUUCAACAAGGAAAAAUCCCACCCACUCCAUUCUCUGCCCCACCUCCAGGGGGAGCUAUGAUACCCCCACCACCCAAUAUCCCUGGUCCUCCACGGCCUGGAAUGAUGCCAGCACCCCAUAUGGGGGGACCUCCAAUGAUGCCAAUGAUGGGCCCACCUCCCCCAGGAAUGAUGCCAGUUGGACCUGCUCCAGGAAUGAGACCGCCCAUGGGAGGACAUAUGCCAAUGAUGCCAGGUCCACCGAUGAUGAGACCUCCAACCAGACCCAUGAUGGUGCCAACGAGACCAGGAAUGGCUCGUCCGGACAGAUAAAGUGGAAGUGGACUUGCACUGAUUUGAUGUAUGCCUUUUUGUGACAGGCAACCGUGGGAAUUAUAUUGGCUAAAACAAGAAGCAACCUGUUGUUUUUCAGUCUCAACCUUAAAUUGGGGAGGGGCAAGAAGAGGCAUGUUGGACUAAUGCUUUGUAGUAUUUCUCAAACACAUUUUUCUUGUGCUUUGUUAGAAUAAAAUAUUGAUCCUUGUUAGA